AUGUCGAACCCCGAAGUUCUCUGGGCCCAGCGCUCCUCCAGCACCGACCCCGAGAAGAACUUCAUCUACCUGACCAUCACGGCCCCCGAUGUGCCCAAGUCCAAGUUCUCGCUGGACCUGAAGGCCACCACCCUCAAGUUCAAGGGUCACUCGGACACUUUGAAGCGCGACUACGACCUCGAGCUUGAGUUCUACGCCGAGAUUGACCCGGAGAACUCCAAGAUCAACCACUCCUCGCGCAAUGUCGAGCUGAAGCUCCGCAAGAAGGAACUCAAGGAGGAGUACUGGCCCCGCCUGCUCAAGGAGGCCAAGAAGCUCCAGUUCCUCAAGACCGACUUCGACAAGUGGGUUGAUGAGGACGAGCAGAACGAGGCUCCCGAGGAGGACUUCAGCCAGUUUGGCGGCAUGGGUGGCAUGCCUGGCAUGGGCGGCGGUGACUUUGGUGGCAUUGAUUUCUCCAAGCUCGGCGGCGGUGCUGCUCCCGGCGACGACGAGGAUGAGGAUGAUGAGGACGAUGAGGACGAUGACGAUGACAUGCCUGCCCUCGAGGGUGAGGACGACAAGAAGGCUGCUGCCUAA